AUGUUUUUUGGCCAACUUUCCUUGACACCUUCUGAUAAUUCGGUAUAUCAAAAAUGCUUUUAUCAUCUUUUUUAUCUCAGCGUAGUUAGUAAACACAACUUUUGCUCUUAUUCCCAUAACAAUCGGAAUUUCUAUUUUAACCGGAAAAGAAUCAAUUGGGACGAGCUCAUGAAUUCCUUCAUUUUCCAAGAAAUCAUAAAGCCUGCCAAGAGCUGUAUUUGCAUUCUUGAUUACAUUUAA